AUGGCCAUGGAACCCGCAGUCGAGAGACGAUCUGAUCAGAGGACGCCAUUGCUGGCUCCUCCGUCAGCUGUCAAGGGAGGAGCUGUCCAGUCGGGCGAGGGCCACACCGCGAACGGAGAUGUCGUGCGCGACAUCAUCAUCGGAUUCGCCGACGGUCUCACGGUGCCCUUUGCGCUGACCGCGGGCCUCUCGAGCCUGGGCAACACCAAGCUCGUCGUCAUCGGCGGCCUGGCCGAGCUCUUCUCGGGCGCCAUCUCCAUGGGCCUGGGCGCCUACCUCGCCGCCGUCACGGAGCGCGAGCACUACCUGAGCGAGGAGGCGCGGGAGCGCGAGGAGGUCGUGCUCAAGCCCGAGGAGGAGCGCCAGGAGAUCUUCGACAUCAUGGCGCGCUACAACAUCUCGCAGGCGGCGGCCAAGCCGCUCGUCGACGAGCUCAGCCGCGACCCGGAGAUGUGGGUCCGCUUCAUGAUGGACUUUGAGCUGCAGCUCGACCAGCCCAACGUCAACCGCGCGUGGAUCUCGGCCGCGACCAUGGGCCUGAGCUACUUUGUCGGCGGCCUCGUGCCCAUGAUCCCUUACUUCAUCAUGCACAAGGCGUCCGAGGCGCUCUUCGUGUCCAUCGCCAUCACCGUCGUCAUCCUGCUCGUGUUUGGCUACAUCAAGUGCGUCGUGACCGUGGGCCAGAAGAAGGCCGGCCUCUGGAGCGCGGCGCAGACGCUGCUGAUCGGCCUACUGGCGGCGGGCACGAGCUACGGCAUCGUCAAGUGGAUCGACUCGUGGAACCCGGUCGAGGGCUCUGGUUGA